CUCGGAGAGUUCUGGGCUGCCUGGACUGUGCUGUGGGGUGUGAGGGAGAAGGAACCUCAGCUCGGGAAGCUUUUCCCGUGUCCCAGCGGGCCCUGCUGAGCUGUUCUCACCGCGGAGCCGAUCCUGGGAGGAGCAGUGGGACACAGCCCUGGAUGCUGCAGCAGCUCCCUGCCCUGAGGGAUUCCCAGGAGCUUCGGAUGCGCCGCGGCUCGAGGUACGAGAGAGUCUGUGCUGCUCCCUGCUGGGGACACAGGGGGCGGUUUGGGGUUAGGGAGGCUCAACAGCGCGAGCCCUGAGGGCACGGGUUUGGGGUCAGGCCCUGCCCAGCAGGGUGAGCGCAGGAAAACCAUCCUGACCUUUGAGACAAAGCUCGUGAGUGAGAGGAGAGAGGCUGAACACCUGGCACGGUGUAAUGGAGGCUGGAGGGAGCCCUGGAGCAGCUCCCGAGUACAAAAUGAGGCACAAUCAGCAAUCAGCCCCCCCAGUUCUUCAUUUUAAUGUAGUUACCUGCUGAGGAACGAGUGUCCCAAAUGCUGUGUGGGGUUUUUUCUCCUCUCUCCAAAUGUGGGGGAGGAGAAUGGCAGCUCUGCCAAACCCCAAAUGGUGCUGGAGCACAAAUGGAUGCUAAAUGCGAGGUUUGGGCUUGCCAGAGCUGUCAGGGCUCGGCGCGGGGCCUUCUGUUCCCUCCUCUUCCUUCUGCUUCACGUGUCGGCCGUGCUGUGCCGAGCCGGGGCUGCAGGGCAGCUCGGGGGGCUCUGAGAGCUCCGGGGGGGAUUUGGAGGGUGGGGAGGAGGGAGAGGACAGACCGGGGUAAGGGAGGGGAAUGAUCAGAGCAGAACAGAACUCGGGGGGAACGCCGGGCUGGAAACAGCUUCCUUAAAAAUAACAAAAAAGCUUCACAGCUUCUUCCACCUGCGGAGGGAGGGAAGGAGGGAGGGAUGUGGAGCCGUGUCGGGGCUGAGGGGCCGCGACCCCCGGAACCCCCUGGCGGGCGGAGGGGGCGGCGGGUCCGGUCUGCAGGUGCCGGGGCGGGGCUGGGGGUCCCGGGGGAAAUGGGAUCAAAACCCUGCUCAUCCCGCAGGGGAAAACAUCCCGAGGGAGGGAGGGAGGGAGGGAGAACCAUCCAGGGCCCAUCGGAGCCGGAGGAAACGCGUAGUGGUUGGAAAACGAAAGCUGCGUGUGCUUUAGGAGGCUUGGGGAGGCUGGGUGCCGCUGUGCGGCGGGAGCAAACAGGGAUGUAAACAGCCGGGGGCGAGUCUUUAUCAUCGCAGAAAAAUUCAGCGGGAGGGGUGGAUGCUGCUGGGUAAAGGAAACGCUGCGGAGGAAACGGCAGGCGGCUGAGGCAGCGCUCCCGACAGCUCGGGGAGGUGCACGCUGUUAUUUGGAGUACGAGGCACAUGGAGGAUUUCCAGGAUGCACUCCCUGCAUAACGGAGCGUUGCUCAAGGCUCGGUAGUUGGGAAGAGCUCGGCAAAUUAAAUCCUGCUCCGACAAGUUUUGGACGAGCUGAUGUAAAUAAACACCGCUCCCUUUCCUGCCUCGUGCUUGGCUGCUUCGGACACGGCAUCUCCCCGAGCACAGCCAAAAUUCCCGCAGGGAUUUCUCCUUGGGAGCCGCAGCGGGUCCGGAGCACCGGAGGCAGCGCAGCCCCGGCACCGAGCGAGGUAACUUUGCACAACAAGGACCUGCAGUUUGUCCUCACCAUGGCCACGGUGGUGACGGAGAAGCUCAGCCAGCUCUUCAUCAACGUGAGGCAGCUCCCCCAGCUGCUGGGGCCGCUGUCCCCGGGCACGGUCAGCAGCGCCGAGGUGCCGCCGGUCUUUUGGAAGCCCUACAUCCACGGCGGCUACCGGCCCGUGCGCCAGACCUGGCGCUAUUACUUCUCCACGCUCUUCCAGCAGCACAACGAGGCCAUCAACGUGUGGUCGCACCUGGCGGCCGCCCUGGCGCUGCUGCUGCGCUUCCUGCAGCUCCGGCAGCGCGUGGACUUCGGGCAGGACGAGCACGCCCGGCCCCUGCUCAUCAUCCUGGCCGCCUCCAUCACCUACCUGACCUUCAGCAGCCUGGCCCACCUGCUGCAGGCCAAGUCUGAGUUCUGGCACUACAGCUUCUUCUUCAUGGACUACGUGGGGGUGGCGGUGUACCAGUACGGCAGCGCGCUGGGGCACUUCUACUACGCCAUCGAGCCGGGCUGGCACGGGCGCGUCCGCGGGUUCUUCCUGCCGCUGGCGGCGGCGCUGGCCUGGCUGUCCUGCGCCGGCUCCUGCUACGCCAAGUUCCGCUUCCACCCGCGCAGCGCCCUGCCCGGCCGCCUGUGCCAGGAGCUGCCCUCGGCGCUGGCCUACCUGCUGGACAUCAGCCCCGUGCUGCACCGCAUCGGCAGCGCCGCGCGCCCCGACCCCGCCCUGCUCUACCACAAGUGCCAGGUGCUCUUCUUCCUCCUCGGCGCCUUCUUCUUCUCCCAUCCCUACCCCGAGAAGUGGUUCCCCGGGAAGUGCCACUUCUUCGGGCAGAGCCACCAGAUCUUCCACGUGUUCCUGGUGCUCUGCACGCUGGCACAGAUCGAGGCCGUGGUGCUGGACUAUGAGGCCAGGAGGGAGAUCUACUCCUCCCUGCAGGGGGACCUGGCUCACGACUUCUCUGCUCUGUUCCUCCUCACUGUCACCUGCUCUGUCCUCACAGCCACCUACAUGGCCCAGAGGGUGAGGAACAAGCUCAAGGAAGAGUAAAGACCAAUAAUCUCAGCCCAAAUCCAGCCCCAAGCCUCCAGAUGCUGCUUCAUGAACUGUUACUCAGCAAGUGCUUUCUCUAGGGAGUGAAAGAGAUGCUUUUAAUGCUUUUUUAAUCCAGCCUAAGUUCCAGCUUGCUAUAGAAUGGUACACGGGUUCAGUUCAGCUCUGAAUAAACAGUUGGAACACAA